ACCUCUCUUUCGCUUACCAUACCCAGAGAUGAAAUUCUUCCGCCACGCGCUCCCGGCCUUCACGGUUGCCCUGGGCCAAGUGUCCGCCUUUGUCACCCUCCCGGCGCCCCACCAGGUUGCCGGCGUAUCCAGGCGGCAAGCUGCGAAAGCAUGGACGAGCGCUGCCGGAGCGGGGUGCAGAAGAUCGGCCUCUUCCACAAGUCUGAGCAUGGGAGUCUUCGACGACGUCACCGCCGAGAUGAAGGCGUCCAUGAAAAGCGGGGACAAGCCCAAGCUUGAGGGUUUGCGGAUGGUCCGGGCGGCGUUUUUGACGGAAACCAAGGCGGCGGGGUCGGGGGACAAGCUUCCAGACGAAAAGUGCAUCGCCAUCCUCCGAAAAAUGUCCAAGCAGCAGCAGGAGUCGAUCGACAUGUAUCGCAAGGGGAAGCGUGACGACCUCGUAGAAAAGGAGACCAAGACGAAGCAGCUCAUCGACGCGAUGCUUCCUCAGCUCGCGGACGAGGCGACGACUCAAAAAUGGGUCGAUGAGGCAAUCGCGUCGGCCGGCGCUAAGGGUCCGUCCGACAUGGGGAAGGUGAUGGGCCUCCUAAUGAAGGCGCACAAGACGGAAAUGGACGGAGGAUUGGCGCAGAGGCUUGUUUCCGCUCAGCUAAAGGGCGCAUGA